CAGCUGUGCUUCUCUCCUGCUGCUCCCUCUCAUAGCGCAGCGCUGCUCGAUCACUCAGGCUGUGCAAUGGAGAGAUGGGCGAUGCUGGCCGCGUGCGUGUUGCUGUGCUGCAGCUGCACUAUGGUUACUGCCAUCCAGAGGGCUGACAUGUUUCCUUACGGCACUUUAAAUGGAGAUUCGGUGUUGAGAGAGGGCGACGAUGAGACGUCCAAAGUGCUGUCCCUUCCCAGACCCUUGUACUUCUUCAACUCCCCUUUCUCCCAGCUAUAUGUGGCCACCAAUGGCAUCAUAUCAGCCCAGGACUUGCCAAUGGAGAAGCAAUAUGUUGAUGACGGAUUCCCCACAGACUUCCCUGUGGUGGCUCCAUUCCUGGCUGACAUUGACACAAGCGGAGGGCGAGGACAGAUUUACUACAGGGUGACUGAAAUACCCAGUGUGCUCAACAGAGUCGCACAGGAAGUACACCGGGGGUUCCCAGAUGCAAAUUUCACACCCACACACGCUGUAGUGGCAACGUGGGAAAAUGUCCCGGCAUACGAAGAACAAACUCGACCCCCUAGCCCUCCAAACAAGGUCAAUACGUUCCAGGCUGUUAUUGGUUAUGAUGAGACAGACUCAUAUGUCCUCUUCCUCUACCCUGAAGGCGGUCUGAACUUCUUUGGCACACUGCCUAAGGAGUCGUAUAAUGUUGAGAUAGAGCUUCCAGCAAGAGUUGGCUUCAGCAGAGGAGAAAUUCCAAAUAUAUUAACUUCCCGAAAUGAAGGCCCUUACUACAGUGUCACCAGUAAUGAGCAGAGUGUUAAAAACCUCUACCAGUUUGGUAACAGUGGAAUUCCAGGCCUUUGGCUUUUCCACACUGGAAACCGUUAUUCCUUUGACAACAUUGUACCUGCAUCCAUUAAAGGUCCUGUUUCUACUCCACCAACUGUAGGAUAUGACUCCCAUAUGGGCACCACCACCCCAGACUAUGAUGAGUUUGAAGAAUAUGUGGAGAAUACGUUUGACCCUAAUACCCAAGAAAGAGAAGAUGAUUAUCCUUUAACAGGGAGGAACCCUGAAUUCCAGCCUGCACCUGCUGAUGGUGACCGAUCAAGAUUCCUUCUACCGCAAAACCAUUAUGGGAGCGACAAUAUACCAUUGACCUUUGAACCUGUGUAUGGUUUCGAGCCACCAGAGAGGCAGUACGCUUCCCCUAAUCCUCUACAGACAGUCGCAGAGGGAGGUGCUCAGCAGCCCCAGGAACAGCAACCACAGCUGCCUCUGAAAGUGGUGAAUGUGCACACCCCACAUAGAAAUGCUCCGCCUCUUUCCCCUGGAGCACAUGUGGUCAGUGUGGAUGAAGAACAGGUUAAUUUUGACACAGGAGUGAUUCAAUAUACUACAGAGAAUAAGGAAACAUGUGCCAGAUUCCUGCAGCAGUGCUCCCAGAAUGCAUUUUGCACUGACUAUGCCACAGGCUUCUGCUGUCACUGCCAACCAGGCUUCUAUGGAAAUGGACGCCAGUGUCUGCCUGAUGGUGCCCCCCAGCGUGUUAGCGGUAAGGUGAGCGGUACUGUGUAUGUGGGAUCGACUCCAGUAUCGCUGAACAACAUUGAUCUCCAUGCCUACAUCGUGGUGGGAGACGGGAGGGCGUAUACUGCCAUCAGCGAGGUACCAGAACCAGUGGGCUGGGCACUGAUGCCAGUUGCACCCAUUGGAGAGCUAUUUGGAUGGCUGUUUGCUUUGGAGCUGCAGAAUAGCCAAGCGGGAUUCAAACUGACAGGUGCUGAGUUCAGUCGUCACGCAGAGGUUGUAUUUUACCCUGGGAACCAGCGCUUGUCAAUUAUUCAGACGGCCCGUGGCCUCGAUGACCACAACCACCUAACCGUGGGUACUGUAAUCAGCGGCAGUGUGCCCUUCCUUCCUCCUGGUGCUGAAGUUACCAUGGAGCCCUUCAAAGAGACUUACCAGUACUACCCCUCAGUUGCAACCUCCACCUCUAUUAGAGAGUAUUCAGUGGUUACAGCAGACCGAGGGUCCGAGUCCUUCUCUUUCCAGCUGAAACAGAAUAUCACCUACCGUGACUGCCCACACAACAACCAAGCUGCCACCCCGGAGACUUUGCAGAUCCUUAUGGAGAGGGUGUUUGUCAUGUUCGUGAAGGAGGAGCGGAUCCUGAGAUACGCCAUCACCAACAAAAUCAGCCCAGUUAGAGCUCCAGGCCCUGAGCUGCACAACCCUUGCUAUGCCGGGACCCACGACUGUGACACCACAGCCCAGUGCAUCCCGUUAGAGGACCUGGCUUUCCAGUGCCAGUGUGCUACUGGUUAUACAGGAGAUGGGCACAACUGUUACGACAUAGAUGAGUGCGCUGAGGGUUUGGGCACAUGUGGGGAUAAUUCUGAGUGUGUGAACCUGCCUGGGAGUCACCGCUGUCACUGCCAGAGGGGCUACGAAUUUGGCUACGAUGGGCGUACCUGUGUUGAUAUAGAUGAGUGCAGCUCUUCUCCAUGUCACAUCAAUGCCAGAUGUAUUAAUGGACUGGGAUCUUUCCAGUGUCAGUGUCAGCUGGGGUUUUUUGGGAAUGGUUUCUACUGCUCUCAGCAGGAAGAUCGACCGGAGCGUCUUAAAACUCGCUGUGAGCACCACAGAGACAGCGUAAAGACCACCAGUGCUGAUGGAUAUCCUAUAACUGGAGUCUACAAACCACAGUGUGAUGCAGAAGGACAGUAUCUACCUCAGCAGUGCCAUGGCUCCACUGGUUAUUGUUGGUGUGUGGACAGUAGAGGAGAGGAGAGAGCAGGAACCAGGACUCCACCUGGUGCAGCACCUGUAGACUGUGACAGAACAGAUCAACCAGAGCAUGUUAAAACUCACUGUGAGCACCACAGAGACAGCGUAAAGACCACCAGUGCUGAUGGAUAUCCUAUAGUUGGAGCCUAUGUACCACAGUGUGAUGCAGAAGGACAGUAUCUAUCUCAGCAGUGCCAUGGCUCCACUGGCUAUUGUUGGUGUGUGGACAGUAGAGGAGAGGAGAGAGCAGGAACCAGGACUCCACCUGGUGCAGCACCUGUAGACUGUGACAGACCAGGUCUACCGGAGCGUGCUAAAACUCACUGUGAGCACCACAGAGACAGCGUAAAGACCACCAGUGCUGAUGGAUAUCCUAUAACUGGAGUCUACAAACCACAGUGUGAUGCAGAAGGACAGUAUCUACCUCAGCAGUGCCAUGGCUCCACUGGUUAUUGUUGGUGUGUGGACAGUAGAGGAGAGGAGAGAGCAGGAACCAGGACUCCACCUGGUGCAGCACCUGUAGACUGUGACAGACCAGUUCAACCAGAGCAUCUUAAAACUCACUGUGAGCACCACAGAGACAGCGUAAAGACCACCAGUGCUGAUGGAUAUCCCAUAACUGGAGUCUACAAACCACAGUGUGAUGCAGAAGGACAGUAUCUACCUCAGCAGUGCCAUGGCUCCACUGGUUAUUGUUGGUGUGUGGACAGUAGAGGAGAGGAGAGAGCAGGAACCAGGACUCCACCUGGUGCAGCACCUGUAGACUGUGACAGACCAGUUGCAGUGACUCCAACAGAACGCCCUGAGAGCAUGUGUGAGCGAUGGAGAGCCAGUUUGAUUGAGCACUAUGGUGGGAAACCUGGCCCACAGCAGUAUGUACCUCAGUGUGAGCCAGAUGGAGAGUUCAGUCCAGUCCAGUGUUACGGGGAGACCAACUACUGUUGGUGUGUGGACCAGAAUGGACGCAUGGUUCCCGGAACCAAAUCAGAUGAUGCUGUCAAACCUGCAUGCAUCUCGUCAGUGCCACCGCCUACGGUGCGUCCAACAUCCCGUCCAGAUGUCACCCCUCCCAUAAACACUGGCAUCACACUGCUGUACGCUCAGGGCCAGAAAAUAGGAGCGCUGCCUCUCAACGGGACCAGACUAGACGAAAGCCGAUCCAAAACACUAUUGGCUCUACAUGGUUCCAUAGUUGUUGGUAUAGCCUAUGACUGCAAGGAAAACCAAGUCUAUUGGACAGAUUUGUCUGCGAGAUCAAUCAACAGAGCUUCAAUGGUGUCUGGUGCUGAGCCUGAGGUUCUCAUUAACACAAAUCUCGUCAGUCCAGAAGGUUUGGCAGUGGAUGUCAAACGCCGGCUGAUGUUCUGGGUUGACUCUACUCCUGAUGUGAUUGAAAGAGCCAACUUGGACGGCAGUGGGAGGAGGACCCUGUUUGACACAGACUUGGUGAACCCCCGUGCAAUCAUAGUGGUUUCUUCCACCGGUACUCUGUAUUGGACAGACUGGAACAGAGAGGCCCCUAAGAUCGAGAGCUCAUCAGUGGAUGGUCAAAACCGCCAGGUGAUAGUGUCUGAUGGGAUUGGUUUGCCAAAUGCUCUAACAUAUGACUCUGCUACUGAACAGAUCUGCUGGGCUGACGCAGGUACAAAGCGUCUAGAGUGUAUAUCCUCAGAUGGUUCAGGUCGAAGAGUAAUCCACGCCAACCUCAACUACCCAUUCAGCAUGGUCUACUACAGGAACCACUUCUAUUACACUGACUGGCGGAGGGAUGGUGUGAUUGCAGUGAACAAACACAGAAGUCUGUUCACUGAUGAGUACUUGCCUGAGCAGCGCUCUCAUUUGUAUGGCAUCACCGUAGCAACGACCCACUGCCUACCAGGGAGCCACUAACGACAGCCUGCACCCGCAGUGUGCUUUGGUGCUAAAGUUCUGAGGCGAUUCAUGGACAUAAGGCAGGUCCAGGCCCUCUGGUGUCCCUCUGGAAGAAGGACACUCAGCAGGGAGCAAAGAUGGCUUACGACAGCCAGAUCAGCAAUCAGAGCAAAUUUACACCCACUUCAACCCCAGUAUCUCACCUUAAUGUAACCCAAAGUAAAUGAUUUGUAAAUUUGUUUUAUACCUCAUUUUUAGUUUUUUUCUACUGUAUUUUUGUAUUGCUUGAGAUUUUUGUUUUUCUGUUGAAUAAAGGUGCAGAACAAUGAAAUCCGA